AUGGGGCAAGAUGUUGCGCAUGCUAAGGCCCUCUUGUCUAAGCUUAUGGAUAUCCCCUACUCCGACCUAAGCUUGUUCUACGAGGGGAAGCUUAUGUUUGACCCGCUCUCCUUCAACGACUUCCCGCAGUUGGGCUCUUCGACAGUGAUGGACAUCGAUGUUAAAGUGAGAACUCAUCACGACGAAAUAGACAGCGAGUGA